GUCGUCCGAGAAAAGCAGUAGGUGUUUAUGUGACUUUGAAGUUGUAUGGAAAUAAACGAUAUCAUUGACAUCCUCUGAAAUAUCUCUGCGAGGAUCUGAAGAUCCAGACGACAAAGCGACGGAUGACAGCAGAGCUAUGACGCUUUUUUCGGAAUGUAAGGGGUGAGUGGAUUAUCACAUACCCCCAGGAUGGAUAGCUUUUUCAAGGCUGCUGUGUGUGAUCUUGAUAAGCUGCUGGAUGACUUUGAAUUAAACACAGAAGAACUUGACUGCAAGCCAACUCCACCAUCUGAACGCCCACCGCCACCUCCUUAUCCAGGUGCCUCUCAGUGUUUUGUGCCUGCACCCUCCACAGUUUCCAACUCUCUGCCAGAUGUCAACGCCCUCCACUACUGCCCAGCAACCACCCCCUCCAGUGCAAGCAAAAACCAAAGAGACCAUGAGGCGAAAGAACAACCCCUGACGGGGGUAGAUCUGCUUUCCUCGGUUGACAACCGGGCAAACAAGAGCCUAGCGCCUCCAUGCCCAGACAGGGCCUUGAAGCCUGUGUGCGAUCUGGUCAAUGACACCAGCUCUGCUACAGCGAACAGCCACGAUGCCUUCAGAGAGCUGGAGGAGGCCGAGAAGCAGAUGGAGGAGGAGCUGUUGGUGGACUUCAGCAGUCCAGUCGUGGCCUUACCCAUCAGAGGAGCUCACGGGUCGGGAAUGAACUCGCUCUCUGAAAGGCCUCAGCAGGGAUCGGACUCUGCAAACUCACUCAGUCUGCUGGAUGUGAUCCUCCCAGCAGCUGUGGAGAGGUUAAGUGACCCCAACGAGAGCCUCCUGACCAACAGGAACCCUGAGCCAUUACGUUUUGAUGGCGUGGAAGUGCUACACAGCCAUACGUUACUUGAUGGCACACACUGCUUGAAGGGACAAAUCGAGCCCCCUGUUGAAGAAGACGUGGUUGCCCAACCUGUAAAUCACAGCGAAGAGGAAGAGGUUAGCUCUGUUGGUGAUCUAGUUAAUGCUGCUACGGAGGACAACGCUGUUUCAGCAGACACACAGCAGUCAGGCGAUGGUUGCCCGGAGGAUUUGGAGAGCUCCCCGGCUGAUGUGGAGACGUCCAUGUCCUGUCUGCCCAUGGCCAUGUCCAUGUGUGGCUCCCUGGUGACCUCCAGAGAGCCCUCAGAGGUCGAAGCCCACCAAGUUGAGGAGAAAGCUGAGGCCUCUUCCUCUGAAGCUGAACCCGAGCAGCCGCCUGUUCAGCCACCUGUCCAGGAAGUUCAGGCGAGCGCUCCCGCCCAACCAGAGGAGUGUGUGAGUAUGGAGGACCCUGCUAGCUUAGAGGCGGCUGCCGAAGAAGUGGCUGAAAUGAUGCCUCCUACCUCGGUUUCCGAUGUGGUCUCACCUGUUCAUGUUAGUUCAUCUGCCUCAGGUGAAGUACCUGGCGGAAGACUGUCUCCGUAUGAGGAGAUGGGCUGUGGGAGUCUGCCUGAGAGCAGCCAGUCACCGCGAUCUGAUGAUGGCUACGGCUACCAGUCUGAGUUUGGCUUUGCCAACAAUUACCUCCCCGAGAGUGAACAAGCCGCCAUGGUGACUGACGAGGAACUGGACGCCUUUCUGAAUGCUCAGGUGGCCCCGUCCCAUUCCGAGAUCUCCUCAGAUAAAUUAGUCGACGAUGGCUUCUCUGAGUUAAAUGGCGACAUGGAUGUGGACACUUUGCUAGAAGGGGAGCUUCGGAGUUGCCCCGCCGAUAGCUUUGCCUCUCCAGAGAGCGAGCAGUCUUUUGCUUGUGUGGAGGAGAGCGAAGGCUCCCACGCAUCCACCCCGUCUCAAGACAGCGCACCUGGUACUCCGGGUAUGUCACCUACUGCGUGUGUCCCCAACACUAUGUGCAACUCCACCCCGCAGUCAUACUUCGGGGGUGCGAGGCCGAAAACCCUCCCUGGCCAGGGCCCACGGUCACCACCGACAAGGCAGAACCAAGGAGACGUCCAGGAAGCCUCCACUCCGGACGAGCCCAAAGAAAACAGCAUCCACACCCCACCUGGCGCAGAGACCCCUAGUCCGCAGCACGAGGUCCCCGGUUCUCCCUUUCCCAGCGAGGAGCGUUUUGAGUCCAGCCUGGACUAUGACGAACUGUCAGAACCUCCUCCGUACCCUGGGAGGACGUCUGGGGAGGGGGCAGCGUCUCCUGACCAGGCAGGGCAGUCGGAGGAAGAUGGGCUUGGGUCCAGGCAGCCCUCCUGGGUUCCUGAUUCGGAGGCGCCCACAUGCAUGAACUGCGGCCAGAAGUUCACCUUCACUAAACGGCGGCAUCACUGUCGAGCUUGUGGAAAAGUGUACUGCGCUGUCUGUUGCAGCAGGAAAUGCAGACUCAAGUAUUUGGACAAGGAGGCGAGAGUGUGUGUGGUCUGCUAUGACUCCAUACAGCGAGCUCGGGCCCUGGAGAGGAUGCUGAGCCCGACUGGGCCAAGCCCGAAUCCCAACGUGCCGUCCGAGUACUGCUCCACCAUCCCCCCGCUCCAGCAGGCCCGCGCCGCCGGCACCCUCAACUCCCCGCCGCCCACCGUCAUGGUGCCCGUCUCCGUGCUCAAGCACCCCGGCAACGAUGGUUUCCCAAGGGAGCAGAAGCACGUGUGGUUUGCUGAUGGCAUCCUGCCCAACGGGGAGGUGGCCGACACGACCCGGCUCUCUGUCCGACCUCGCAGGGCCUCUCAGGAGUCCAGCCCGGUCACUCCAGACCCUCCUGCCCUGCCCAACAGUAAGGCCUUGGCCCCCCCGCAGAGGGAGCUGGAGCCCGAGCCCGAGGUGGAGCAGAAGGUGGAGGUGGAGGACGAGGCUCCUGGCGUGGAGCGGCGCGCCCCCACCGGCCCCUGGGACUACGCGCUGCUGAGCGGCCUCACCUCCUGCGUGUCGCGCGACCCCUGCCUGGUGCCCGACGACCCCGAGGGGCUGCCGCCGCUGCUCAUCGCCACGGGAGACGACGACGAGGCAGGAGAUCUCCUGGUUGAGGAGCGCCCGGCCACCUGCCAAAUCCUGCUCCUCCUGGAGGAGGGGGGACCGCGACCUCUGACCUUUGUGCUCAACGCCAACCUGGUGGUCAACGUCAAGCUGGUCACCUACGGUGAGCGGCGCUGCUGGUGCGUGAGCUCCAACGGGCUGCGGAGCGUGGGUCAGCGAGAGCUGCUGUUUGUGCUGGAGUGUCUGCCGGAGGAGAGCGCUCUGCCCCGGGACCUGUUCAACCUCAUCAGCUCCGUCUAUCAGGACGCCCAGAGAGGGAAGUUUAUCGAGGACCUGGGCAAUGUGACGUUCACUGACGCCUUCCUGGGCACCAAAGACCACGGGGGCGUGCUGUUCUUCUCCCCCUCCUUCCAGCCCAUGGAGGGUGUGGCGGCGCCGCCCGAGCCCUUUCUGUGCGGGGUGCUGCUCCAGAAGCUGGAGGUGCCCUGGGCCAAAGUUUUCCCCCUGCGUCUGCUCCUGCGACUGGGCCUGGAGCACAACGUAUACCCGUGUACACUGGUUAGCGUGCGCUUCAGACAGCCCGUGUUUCAGGAGACGGGACACACUAUCAUGAACCUACUGGCAGAUCUCAGGAACUACCAGUACAGCCUGCCACUGGUGGAGGGGCUGCGGGUGCACAUGGAGCUGGGCAACAGCUACAUCCACAUCCCCAAGUGCAAGUUCCACGAGAUGCUGAAGGUGGUGAACUCCUCCAACGAGCAUGUGAUCAGCGUGGGCGCCUGUUUCAGCACGGAGGCCGACUCCCACCUGGUGUGUGUGCAGAACGAGGAGGGCAGCUACCAGACGAAAGCCAACAGCAUGCAGGGAAAGACCCGCAGAGUAACGGGGGCCAGCUUCGUGGUGUUUAAUGGAGCACUUAAAGCAUCCUCAGGAUUCAUUGCCAAGUCCAGCAUUGUUGAAGACGGGCUGAUGGUGCAGAUUCCUCCAGACAGCAUGGGGGCGCUGCGACAGGCGCUCCGGGACCAGGCCGACUUCCAGAUCCCCUGCGGCAGAGCUGACAGCACUGAAGCCCGAGAGAACGUCACCAUCCGCUGGGUGGACUGGAGUCCACCUGUCAAUGCAGGAGUCACAAGCCCCAUCGACGGUCGUUCUCUGGAGGGAGUGUCCAGUGUCCGGGUCCAGCAGGAGUCCGUGUUUGACAGCGAUGGACGGACCAUCGUGUGCACAGAGGUCUUCUAUCUGCUGAAGAAUGCAGACUGCCCCCUAGGGGCCGUGUUGUCGUCCUGCAACCAGUUCCAGCGUGAGAUGGCCACGGCAGGUUGUGCUGCCCUCUGUCCGCACCUGGGCGUGCUCAUGGCCAGCGGCAUCAACUGCCUCGGCCUGCGCAUCUCCACCGACACUGACAUGGUGGAGUACCAGGCGGGCUCCGGCGGCCGGCCGCUGCCCCAGCGCUACAUGAACGAGCUGGACGGCGCUCUGAUCCCCGCCAUCCACGGAGGCAGCUCGCGCGUCCCCCAGCACGCCCUCGACAUGGAGCUCAUCUUCUACAUCUCGCACAGCCUGUGAGCCGCCGCCGUCGCCCACGUCUCGCGUCGUCCACACACCCGCGCGACCGGACCUCCGCAUAUUAGCGCUCUCAUCUCGGAGCCUGAUAACCUGCAUCUCCACCCGUAGUCUCCAACACCAGACCGCUGAUGGGCGUCAGCCAGCACCUGAACAUCGAGAGGCCUCCACAUUAUGCAUAGUCUCUGAACACAUACAGUACCACGACGGCUGUGGAUGAGGGUUCCUCGCCCGCGCUGAAAAGGGGGGGGGUCUGUGUCUUAUUGGUUUCUAAACAGGGUAAAGAGAUGAUUGGACAGUCAUUCAGCAUCUAAAGAUUACAGCCAGUGUUCUACGUUUCCUUUAGUUCCUGCAGAUCCCGCACAGAAUCGACAGGUGAUGGUCAACAUUUUAUCUUUUAAGUCUUUAGGCAACUUCGGGAUCCCGAAUGAUAUCUUAACCUGACACCUAACUAACAGUUCAUACCGCAGCAUCCAAAGACGGAGCUGGUCUUCCACAUCCCAAAGUGUUUUAGUUGAUCUGCUGGAUCUGAACAUUCCACCGAGUCAAAAUCUCUAACCAAUUUACUACACGCGGGUGUGGGAUCUUUGUAACGUUAUCUUUUUUGUUUUUCACCACAACCGAACCAAGAGCUGGGCACCUUAAGUGUACAGCACGGCGUCUGAAGCUGGAGCUGGUCUUCGACUGCAUGGUAUUCAUUCUCUGUGUCAUGAAACCGCCCCAAAUGCGCCACUAAAUAUCAGAACAACAACCUGCUCUGUCAGCGUUUGAGGUCAAAAGAGAUGGAGAAGGCUGAGACUGCCUGGACAUAAAGUGUACCACACAGGUCAUGCUCCCAACAAGAUAACCAAUGGCAAGACGUCGAAAUGUGACGGACAGUCCUUGACAAAUCUGUCAGCGAAUCAGAAGGCAACCCUAAGUGUGACUCUCGCUCUUGAUGAAUCGCUUGAACCAAUGACAGGACUGUUGAGUGUAUGACCCGUCAGCCCCUAGACCUUCACAGCCAGUUGCCCCCUUCUCAUCACUGACACACGUGCACCCGAGGAGACCUCCUGUAUAUACAGCAUCCCUGCUUCAUAAAGGAUAAAGUUGUAAACAAAUACCAAAAAAGAAAAAAGAAAAACAGGGACCUGGUUUGUGUAUUCUGGCUGUGGAUGUAACACAUCGGCUCAUGUGAUGCAGUUGUUUGAAUGUUAGUACGCAGACUAUCUGCACAAUUUUUAACUAAUUAUUAAUUGAAUAAUAAUUAUUUAAUGGUGGAACGAGGAUGGAUUUAUAUUCAAGUAAGUUACUUGACUGAAUGCUGGACUCCAAGUUGGUGGGGAACCCCCCCCCCCUCUAGUUGGGGCAUUGAGGCAUGUGUGUGUUUCUGAGCGGUAAUUGAUUAUGGUGCACAUUAAUAUCUCUAUAAUUGAUGAUAUGAAGUUACUGUCCGCUUGUAUCGCCUGAUGAUUACCCGAGGCAUAGCACAGUCCUCUCGCGAUCAUCUCCCAGAGCCUUUUCAUCAUGCUUACCUGUCUAGGAGGAAGGAAUCACCUUUAAGUUAUUUGAAGCUUUUAUGAAGCUUCAAUACUAUUUUUUUUUUUUUUUCCUUGAGUUGUCCUUUAAUGUUGAGUCUAACUGACUUGUGAUAGGCCAUGAUCAUUACCACUGAAGUAUGCCGUGCUGAAUCCGAGAGAAAUCCCCCCAAAACCUUGGACAUGCCCCACACUGGCUCUGGAUGCAGAAUGCAGGGCUUAGGUGACCGUGGUUACCAGACACGUCUGCCUUUGUUGCUGACAACACUAAUGCCCAUUCUGCUGCUGCACGCUGCUGCUUUGUGAGCCCUGAGUGUCUGUGUGUGUGUGUGUGUGUGUGUGUGUGUGUGUAUGUGCGCGUGUCUGCCUACCUGCUGCGAACACCUGAGAGCGCUGUUGUCCACAGCUGUCUCGAACAUGACUGAAAUGUAUCUAGAAGGUGUGGUUUGUCGUGGCGGUCUAAACAAAUAACUAGGAAGCUGCUGAUCGUGAAUGAGUUUGUGUCCAUUUUACAGGCGAGGCCUUGAUCUUCUGUGAACGUACAGUUUGAGAAAUCAGAGCCACUGGGUCAGCAAUGCAAUGAAAGAUCAAAAAUGGACCCUCACCCCCCAACCUCUCAUACUAACUCUGAAUAGCUUUGUGAAGAGGAAGGUCUCAUUACCAGUAUGUAAUUAUUACUGAUUUUUACGUUUUCGUUCUGUUGCUAUUUCUCCAAUAGAAUACUGGGUCUUGAAAUGAAGAAUGCUUUUGCACUUACAUAAUUUCUCCAUGAAUGGAUGAAUAAGCGCGUCGACAAACAGUUUUAUCCUAUAGUACUGACCACUAUGGGAAGACUGUAUGUACUUACCAAAAUGGACACAUGGCAUUGCACCUUACACUACCAUUUGUGUUGCUGUCCAAUAGUUAGACGAUGUUGCUGAUUUUUCCCACAGGUUGUCUUUCUUUACUUUAACAUACAGCAGCUGCGAAGCAUUUUCUAUUCAUUGCACUCCAUUUAUUUGAACCUGAUUAACAUCAAGGAGGGCAGUAACACUGGUGCGAACACAAACCCAUUAAAAACAAAACUGAAUGUGCGCCUGAGAUUGGUGAACACACAGUGUUCUCUGAGCAUUUGUCCUGUUAGGGUAUCUGAAUAAUGAUUCAGAAUGCAAAUACAAAUGUUGGGUUUCCAGUUCAAUUGAAACACUAGCAGGUGAGCGCAUAUUUUGUAUGGAAGGCAAAACUAUAUAUGUGCUGUGAAAUCAGAAGCAUUUAUGGUAUUUGUUGUUUUAUAGCAAUGAUGAAUACAGUUAAUGAUUGAAUUCAGCUUCUUUUCAGGGUGAUGUUUUGGGAGGUAAAUUAUUUUCUCACCGUCAUUAAUAGAACAUGAAUCAAAGACAUAAAGUAUUUUUAUGCUUUUAAUCUCAAUUUCAAGCGUUUUGCAUAAUGUAUCUGUAUUUAUUCAAGAAACCAGCUUUAUUUGGUGAUUCUGGUAUCUGGGACCUAAGGAUGUUCUAUAAACACCAUUUAUUUCUAAAUAUGUACUUCAUGUAGAAUAAAAUAUUGAUUUAUAUGCAAAUUAA